UGGCUCUGAGCGGAGUCGAGGACUCAGAACACCCGAGACGGCGAACGGGAAAACGCCAGAAAGGAUUUUUUUAAAAAGGACAUCUGAGCUGGGAAAUCGUCGCAGGUCCACGCGUUAACGGCGAUUCUCCAACUCGAAACAUCCCCCUUUUGUCUUUGCAAAGAAAGAAACUGCAAACUACAUUUUCUUUUCUUUUUUUGCAGGACUUGAUUCUUUUUGAGUUUCUACGUUAACGGAUACGUUAUAGCGUGGCCGUGGAUCGCUUAGUUUGUCGAAAGGAUACGUUGUCACACUGUAGGUGGGAAGUUUGCGAAACAACUUUGUCCGAGCUGUCGGAUGCGGCUUUGCCGUCUUUGCGGAGUUGCUUUAAUUGCUGUGUGUGUAAAGGAGUGUGCGAUCGGGCUGAAGGAAUACAGCGCAGAAGACAGCGCAUGAACUCGCUCCUUCGCCUCUUGGUAUUGGAGUGAGAGAACGCGCCGACAUCGUGCGUAAAAACUGGUCAGCGGUGUUUUUUCCAGUGGUUUUCCAAGGCGAAUAUUUAUCUCGGAACAUAGCCGGAGACUGCUGGAUUCACGAUGAAGAAAAGAAAAGUGCAGUGAUUCACGGGAGAAAAUUCAAAAGCUUGUUGAGCAGACCUUUCGGCAUAAGUUCUGACUUCGUACUCUCCGUAUUCAUGAUUUAUCUCGAUGUAUCCACAGCACUUGCAGAAAAGAGCAUUCUUUUGAACUGUGUAUAACUGUUUUUGCGCUAAGAUACAGAGGCAUUAACCGACUCUCCCGAAAGCAGGAAUUGAACUGGAUUUGUUGCGAAACCUGUUUGAACAUUUUUGGCUUCGAGGUCGGUCCUCGUCCCGUGGACUGCAUCAAGCCCGUUUGGAACGCCAGCGUCUUGUCGGCAUUGCCGGACAGAGCUCCGCGGUUCCUCGGCUGCACCGUCGCCGACAUGGAGGAGUGGAGACAGUGCGGUCGCUGGUUAAUAGACUGCAAGGUUUUGCCGCAGAACCACCGGGUCGUCUGGCCUUCGGCGGUCGUGUUCGACUUGGCUCAGGCGCUUCGGGAUGGUGUCCUCUUGUGCCAAAUGCUUCACAAUCUAUCCCCGGGAUCCGUGGACUUAAAGCAAAUCAACUUCAGGCCUCAGAUGUCCCAGUUCUUGUGUCUGAAGAACAUCCGAACGUUCCUCAAGGUGUGCCAUGACAAGUUCGGGCUGCGGAACAGCGAGCUCUUCGAUCCGUUUGACCUGUUUGACGUGAGGGACUUUGGGAAGGUGAUCUCCGCCCUCUCCAGAAUCUCUCACCACAGCAUCGCCCAGAUCAAAGGCAUCAGGCCUUUUCCAUCAGAGGACACAGCUCUCAAUGAAGAUGACGUCUACCGAAGCCUGGAGGAGCUGGCGGAUGAGCAUGAUGUGGGUGAGGAUGACAUCUAUGACUGCGUUCCUUGUGAAGAUGAAGGAGACGAUAUCUACGAGGACAUCAUUAAGGUGGAGGUUAGGCAGCCCAUGAUUCGAUACAUGCAGAAAAUGGGCAUGACGGAGGACGACAAGAGAAAUUGCUGCCUGGUGGAAAUUCAGGAGACUGAGACAAAGUACUACAAGACCCUGGAGGACAUUGAGAAGAAUUAUAUGAUUCCGCUCAAACAGGUGUUAAGUCCACAAGAGAUGGAGGCCAUCUUCGUAAAUCUGGAGGACAUUAUCAGGGUCCACUUUGCUUUGCUGAGAGCCAUUGACCUGAACAUGGUGGCUGGAGGCAGUGGCUUAGGAAAGAUCUUUCUAGACUUCAAGGAAAGGUUGCUGAUCUACGGCCAGUACUGCAGCCACAUGGAGCACGCUCAGAAGACCCUCGACGAGCUGAUCGCCGUCCGGGAGGAGGUGAAGACCAAAGUGGAGGAGUGCACCAUGAAAGUUCAGGAAGGGAAGUUCAAGCUGCAGGAUCUGCUGGUGGUUCCCAUGCAGAGGGUCCUGAAAUACCAUCUACUGCUCAAGGAGUUGCUGAGUCACUCAACAGACCGCCCUGAACGGCAGCAGCUGAAAGAGGCCCUGGAGGCCAUGCAGGACCUGGCCAUGUACAUCAACGAGGUGAAGAGAGACAAUGAGACCUUGAAGAAAAUAAGUGAAUUCCAAAGCUCGAUAGAAAAUCUGCAAGUGAAUCUGGAGGAGUAUGGGAGACCAAAGAUAGAUGGAGAACUGAAAGUCUGCUCUAUAGUAAACCGAACCAAACAAGACCGAUACAUAUUCCUCUUUGACAAAGUGGUAAUCGUGUGCAAGAGGAAAGGCUACAACUAUGAGCUGAAAGAGAUCAUCGAGCUCCAGUUUUACAAGAUGUCCGACGACCCCACCAACAACAGGGACAUGAAAAAGGCCAGUGGAAAGAUGUGGUCCUACGGAUUCUACCUGAUCCAUCUGAAAGGGAAACAAGGCUUCCAGUUCUUCUGUAAGACGGAGGACACCAAGAGAAAGUGGAUGGAGCAGUUUGAGAUGGCCAUGUCAAACAUCAAGCCAGAGAGAGCCACAGCCAAUCAGCACAACUUCCAGAUGCACACAUUUGAAAAGAAUACCAACUGCAGGGCCUGCAAGAUGCUUUUGAGGGGUAUCUUCUACCAGGGUUACUACUGUUCCCGCUGUGGGACCGGCGCUCAUAAAGAGUGCCUGGAGAUCAUCACCAUCUGUAAAAUAAGUCCCCAUGAUUGUGAGCCCGGACUUCCCCAGUCAGGUCCAAAGAUGGUGGCCAUCAGGAACUACCACGGCACACCCGCCCCGCCGGGCCGGUGCCCGCUCUCCUUCCAAACGGGGGAUGUCAUCGAGCUUCUGAAGGGAGACCCCGACACAUCCUGGUGGGAGGGCAGGCUCGUUCAGUCCCUGAAGACAGGCUACUUUCCCAGCUCCAGUGUCAAACCUUGCCUGGACCCAAAGCCACUCCAGACCUUCCCCAGCAGGCAGUGUUCCAGAGAGACGGAUUAUUAUGUUUAUCCGUGGUUUGCUGGGAACAUGGAGAGGCAGCAGGCCGAUAACCUGCUGAAGUCCCACAGCAGUGGCACGUACCUGAUCCGAGAGCGCACAGCCGAGGCGGAACGGUUCGCCAUCAGCAUCAAGUUUAAUGAUGAAGUAAAGCACAUUAAAGUCAUCGAAAAAGACAACUGGAUUCACAUCACAGAAGCAAAGAAAUUCGAAAGCCUCCUGGAGUUGGUUGAGUAUUAUCAGUCUCACUCACUGAAAGAAAGCUUUAAGCUGCUGGACACCACGUUACGGUAUCCGUACAAAUCCCGAGAGCGCUCCAAUUCUCGGGCCAGUACCCGCUCUCCAGCAGCCCCCUCCGCUUCCUACAACUUCUCCUUCCUCAGUCCUCAGGGCCUCAACUUCUCCUCUCAGACCUCAGCUCCCUUCUGGUCAGUCUUCACUCCCAGGGUGGUCAGCACGGCCGUUGCCAGGUAUAACUUCGCUGCUAGAGACAUGAGAGAGCUGUCUCUGAGAGAGGGGGACAUCGUCAAGAUCUACAGCAAGAUCGGAGGGGACCAGGGAUGGUGGAAAGGGGAGGCUAAUGGCAGGAUUGGUUGGUUCCCCUCAACGUACGUUGAUGAGGAAGGCGUGCAGUGAGGCCGUGAUGUCAUCUGUGCUCUCUCCAAUCAGAUUCACCCUCCUGUCCUGGGCCCUCUGGGAGAGGAGGACUCUCUUGGUUUCCGUGGAAACGCUUUGUGGAUUUUCUUUUUUCUGGAAGCUGAUUUUACAGUGAAUAUUUGUAUCUGUUUCUUUGUCAUGUAUGAAUCUGCUCCCCACCCCCCACCCCUGCCCUGAAUCCACAUGCUUCGGAUCAUGUGGAAUCUGUGUAGAAAACUGAAUGGACUCGGUCCUGUUCCUUUCCAAGGUGGUGGUAGAGAAACUGUGAAUGGUGCGGAUGUUUGUACAGCCGGAACCUCUAGCACUGCCCCUGCUGAGCCUGCGCUUGUGUAAAGAGAACAACAAAGACUCCUGUGGCCAGCAGAGAGAGCUGUGGCGUGUAUAGAUAAUUUAUUCAAGAGAAGUAUCUAUGAUAAAAGAAUGAUGUUGGAAGUUUAUUGUUAAGAAGAGUAACAAGAAAAAGAAAAAGCACUUUGCAUUUCUUUACAGAGAGAACUAGCCUUAGUAGCUACGCCAAUGCCUUCUGGGCUGACAGGAAUGGUGGUGGAAAUGUGCUAUAUGGAAACACACACACACACACACACACACACACACACACAUACACACACUCACACACACAUACACACA